AUUCUUUCUUUUUCCCAAUUAAAUCAGAUUUUCGAUAGCUGUUCACAAAAUGUAUAAUGAUUUGAGUAAAAGCGAAAUAUCAUUCAACACAAACCUUCCCACGAUGACAAAAAGCCAAACACCACAAGAUCUUGUAGCAUGAAUCGGCUCUCAACAAUGGACUCAUCCUUGUUUUGAUAUUACUUGAGAGGCCAAGAACAUAUAUGACUAAACUAAAAAGAAAGUAAUUAAGUCCUUCAAUUGAUAACCAAGUUAAAAGUCAACGUUAUGAGCUAUUAUUAUGAUUCAGUAGCUUUCCAUUGAUGAAUCAAGUUCGGCUUCUCGAUGCCGCACUGUUUUACCUUCAAGCCACCUUCUGCGGAGGCCUCUCUCGCCGACGACCCUCUUCCCCAUUCUUCUCCAGAGGGUAGUGUGGCCUCCACUUUUAACAUCAGCCUCGAGUUGGCUCACGCUUUUCAAACCCCUUCCUACCAUGAUAUACGUUCACGGCUUCUUGCGGUUGACCCAACACAAGAAAAUCUCGAGCUGUUUCUCUCUCAAGAGCUCAAACCAAAGAAUGAAUGCGUUCAGGAAGCUCUUAGUCUUAGACACGCCAAGCAAACUACACUUACCAAUCUUAUCUCCACUUUCUUCCAACACAGCGAAGACGCUACCCGCUUUUGUUUGAAUCUUUACCAAAACGUCCACAGUGCUCGCUGCCACCUCUACACACCCCUCUUAGACCUCUUCAAAAUCUUUCCCCGUGAUUCCCAUUCCGCUAUUGACGAGUCCUUCUGUAACUUAGCCUUCGAUGUUUUCCUUAAGCUUGACACGUUUGAAAACCCUUUCGCAUCUCCUGAAUCUCACAGCUUUCAAGACACCCAAUUAUGCUUUUAUCAGCUGGCUGACAAGCUGGACACCCGUAUCCGUAAGUCUAAGUCACGGGUCCGCCUCCUCCAUCAUGCCACAGCUGGUUCUGCCUUGUGUCUUGUUACUGCUGUUGUUGCGGUUGCUGCUUCUGCGGCUUUUAUCGCCUAUCAUGCACUUCCGACCCUUGUUGUUGUUGCAGGUCCCUUGUGCACUCCCUACCUCCCUCACAGUUUCAAGAAGGAGGAGUUAUCUAACAUUUCUCAGCUAAAUGUUGCUGCCAAGGGUACUUUUGCGCUCAACAAAGAUCUUGACACCAUUGACCGUCUUGUCUCCCGUUUGCACACGGGGAUUAAAAACGACAAGCUUCUCAUUCGACUUGGAUUGGAGAGGGGGAGGGACGUGUAUUCAGUUCAGGAGUUUGUGAAACAGCUUCGCAAGAGCCAUGUUAACCACACCCAUCAACUCGAGGUUCUUGAGGAUCAUAUUUGUCGUUGGUUCACUAACGUUAACAAAUCCAGAUCGUUGCUCCUUAAAGAGAUCCUUCGUCCCCAAACGUAAGCUUCUCAACCUUUUUGUAGCAGUGGUUUUUUGAGCUUAUCCGAGAGGACAACAGGACCGGGGCAAUGUAUACAGGACGUUGCAUGUCUGUAGCCGGGAAUAAAGACUUUAUAUAAUCAUAUUGGAUAGAUCAUAGACUUGCUUGCCUUAAGCAGAUAUUGGAUGUUGUAUUGGUUCAUAUCAUCACAUCCGACAAAUCUUUUGUUUUUUCACUUCAAAUCAGUAACAUUAGCUGUUCACAAAAUGUGUAUGCUUGAAGAAUAAAAUCAAGUCAUGAAGAGAAUUAUGAAA